AUGUCAACGCAGCGGACUUCGCCCGGCUCUCGUCAGCAUCUGGAUAUACAAAAUGCUACAAUGCAUUACAACUCAGACUCAGCCCUUAACACUUCAAGUAACCCUGAUUCGGAUGACAAUAAUUAUAUUAAGAUUACAAAGAGUCUUAAACGUACGUUAGGCGAUCUCCCAUUUCAACUUUUGUCGUCCAUCUCUGAAAUCAAAGUAAUGUUUGCUGAGCUUAAAACUCAACAAGAUCAGAAAUUUGAGUUACUGAAUACCGCCCUCAUGACCAUAGUGACCCAAAAUCAAGAAAUUCAAAAAUCUGUUGAGACUUACUUACCAACAUCAAGUUUUAUUAUCAAAAAUAAAUCAUUUAGAGCUAGAAAAUAA